AUGUCUAACGAAACAAAACGGUCGGCCCUUAAGAUAAUGUUUAUACCGCAAGAAAUGGCCGGACACGUAUCGGCUACCCUGGGUCUGGCACAGGUAUUACGCUCACGGGGUCAUCAGGUUAUCUAUGCCAUCGAUAGUUCGCACCGGGAGUUGGCCGCCCGCCAGGGUUUCCGUACUCAAGUAAUCGUCAACCGUUGGAUAGAUGGCAAUCAAUUGAACGAAUGGGAGUCGAAAAUUGUCGACGAAUUACAGUUUACUAAACCGAAAACCUGGCGAUGGUUUAUGAGGAAUAUUAUCUGGAAAUUGUCGUCUAUUUUCAAAUUUAUAACAAUUAUGUUGUAUUGUUGGUAUAAUAAAGACUAUGGUUUGUAUCGUAUAAUACGUAAACAUAAACCCGAUAUUAUUGUUGUGGACGACCUGUUUUGCUAUCCGUCGGUAAUCUAUUCGGGCCUACCCUGGGUAUGGCAUGUUAGUGUACAUCCGUUAGGCUUUUAUGAUGAUCCUAAUCUACCGCAACCUUAUUUGGGUUUAUCCGAUAACUCAACGAAAACAUUAUGGCAACGUCUAUGUGGUCUACUAUAUAAAAGUUUGCUAAAUAUACUAACCUAUCUCUACAAACUGGGUUAUCUAUUGCGCGGUUAUCCGCCUAACCCGGAAAACCGACACUCCCCGCACUCGCCCUAUUUGAAUCUGUACUGUUAUCCCAGGGAACUGGACUACUAUCCAACGAAAACAACAUUGAAAUACCCGAACGCCUAUCGAUUGGAUACAAUGUGGUUACCAAAGUAUGACACGAGUCUGGAGAAGCCAAUUGAUGGACCAUUGAAACAGUUUAUUGAUGAAAGUCAGGGUAAAAAACUAAUACUAGUAUCCAUGGGAUCCUAUUGUUCAGGCGAUCAACGAUUUAUGCAGAAACUGAUUGAUAUAUUAAAGCAAACUGAGCACAGGUAUAUAGUAGUUAAAGGCUACAAAAGCGAUAGCUAUGAGUUACCUGAAAAUAUGUGGGGCCAGCCGUUUGUACCGCAGCGACAACUACUCAAGUAUGUCGACCUACUGGUCACACACGCCGGCACUAACAGUGUCUACGAGGCACUCAUUUACGGACGACCAAUGUUGGCGUUACCAUUGUUUUUGGAUCAGUUUGAUAGUGCCCAACGUCUGCAUGAAACCGGUUACGGUAUCCGAUUGGAUGCACACCAGUAUACCGAUCGGGAACUGUUGGACUCGUUAGACCAGCUGUUGGCCACUGAUAGCGAUAUACAUAAGCGUUUGAAACAGAUAUCCAAGCGAUUGCUUGAAUCGGAUGGUCUAGAAAUUGCUGCCAAAAUGAUUGAAAAUUUGUAG